AUGGCGAAUUCUGCGGGCCUGUCGCUGUGCGGGCAGACGCUGGUGGUGCGGGGCGGCAGCCAGUUCUUGGCCACCUCUAUUGCGAAUAGCGAUGAUGACAACCUCUUCAUAUAUGAUUGCAGUACUGCAGAAAAGAAGCCACAGGAAAAUAAAGGGGAGGAUGGGCAGCCCAUGGAGAAGGGGAGUGACUCAAUUCUGGCUUCCACCUUCUCUGAGUCUGGCAACUAUUUUGCUUUAACUGAUGACAGUAAGCGUCUGAUUCUUUUCCGUACAAAACCAUGGCAAUGUCUGAGUGUCAGAACCGUGGUGAGGAGAUGCACCGCCCUGACGUUCACAGCCUCUGAGGAGAAGGUGCUGGUGGCGGACAAGUCUGGGGAUGUCUAUUCCUUCUCUGUGCUAGAGCCUCAGGGAUGUGGGAAGCUUGAGCUGGGACACCUGUCUAUGCUGUUGGAUGUGGUGGUGAGUCCUGAUGACCGUUAUGUCCUCACUGCGGACCGUGAUGAGAAGAUCCGAGUGAGCUGGUCGGCAGCUCCCCACAGCAUUGAGUCCUUCUGCCUUGGACACACCGAGUUUGUGAGUCGGAUAUUUGUGGUACCUGACCAUCCGGAGUUGCUGCUGUCGACCUCUGGGGAUGGCACUCUGCGCCUCUGGGAUUAUCGGAGUGGGCUGGAGCUGCACCACUGUCUCGUGACCAGUCUGCAGGAGCCAGAUGUGCCCCGAAGUGAGAAGGCUUUCACUGCAUCCCGGAUUGUGUACUGCCGCCAAGAGAGCUGUGUUGCCCUGCUGUGUGACAGUAUCCCUGUGGUCUACAUCUUCCAGCUGGAUGCCCCCCGGCGGCAGUUGGUUUACAAGCAGAAACUAUCCUUCCAGCAUCGUGUGUGGGACGUCGCCUUUGAGGAGACACAGAGUCUGUGGGUCCUCCAGGACUGCCAGGAAACCCCGCUGGUGCUUUGCCAGCCUGUGUGGGGGCAGUGGCAGUCUGUUUCUGAAAACAACGUGCUAAAGAAAGUCUCCAGUCAUCUUCGCAGGAAUUGGGCCAUGUUAGAAGGCUCAGCUGGUGUUGGGGACAGCUUCAGCAGUCUGUAUAAGGCCACCUUCGACAACAUGACAACCUAUCUGAAGAAGAAGGAGGAGAGACUGCAGCAGCAACUCCAGAAAAGGCAACGACGGAAGAGCCCGCAGCCUGGGCCCAAUGGACACACCAAGAAGCUGAAAUCAGGAGAAGCGUCCUUGGGCUGUUGA